AUGAAGAUGAUUACAUUUUAAAACACUAUUAGAAUAAGGAAACUAUCUUUAGUCAAAAUUGAUAGAUAUUAUGCAUCUCCUGAUAAGCACUUCUUACACAAUUUCAUAACUCAACAUAACGAAGCUUAAAAGUGUGCAUAAAAUCUACUUUCCAGGCAAAUUAGAAUAUAAAUAUAUAGUGAUAAAUCAGAAUCUGAAGAUCUAUUCAUCUGCUUGUUGUGCCUAAGGCAAAAACAUCUAUAAGGACAUAGCUUAACAGUUCUUAGAGGAUUAUUCGCAACUUAAAUCGAUAAUGCAUUUGGAUAGUUUAGUUUUGGAAAAUGUGUAUAGCUUCCUACAGCAACAGCGAAUUUUAACAUAGUUACAGGAAACCUAUGA